AGGGAACAAACAACCAAGCUCACGUUUUUGGUCUAGAGCCCUUUACAACAUACAACAUCCACGUUGUAGCUGUUAACAGUGCCGGACAAGUCACAAGCCCAUGGACCUCAGUGCGUACCCUUGAGGCAUCACCCAGUGGACUCAACAACUUUACUGUAGAGAAGAGAGAAAAUGGUAGAGCACUCCUGCUAAAAUGGUCUGAACCCCUGGAACCUAAUGGAGUAAUCAAGACAUACAAUAUCUUCAGUGAUGACAAUCUAGAAUUCAGUGGCCUGUCUCGUCAGUUCCAUUUCAGGCGUCUUGAGCCCUAUACAGUAUACACUCUAGUUCUGGAGGCCUGCACUAGCGCUGGUUGUACCAGAUCAGCUUCCCAGCCGAUCAGAACUGACGAAGCUCCUCCCUCUUCCCAGCCUGCCCCUGUGGCCCAGUCAGUUAAUACCACCAGCAUUGAACUGACAUGGGCACAACCCACACACCCAAAUGGGAAAAUAUCUGAAUACCAAAUUAUCGUCAGGAAUAAUCAGGGAAGCCGACUUGGCAAUGCAGAAGUACUUAUGCAGGAGGAGAAAAUCUUGUUCACUGAAUACAGUACAGAAAAGGAUACAUUUUUGUAUAAUGUGACAGACUUAAAAGCAUGGACAAAGUAUGAAUUCAAAAUCCGAUCUUGGAAUACAGCAGGGUACACAGAUAGUUCAUGGAUAAUGGUAGAGACCAAGCAGGCUCAACCAAAAGGUCUUGCUGCUCCAAGAGUUCAUCAUUUGGAAGAUAAUCCUCAUAAUUUGUUCAUCACUUGGACCCCUCCAGAAGAAAUCAAUGGGGUUCUCCAGUACUAUCGAUUACAGAGAGACAACAUUACCUUCCCCUUCAGCUUUGAUACCGCCACAGUUAACUAUACAGACGAGGACCUGAUGGCUUACACUAUGUAUAGCUAUGCAAUUAUUGCUUGUACUAUGGGAGGGUGUACCACCAGUUUGCCUGCCACAAUCAGAACUCUUGAGACAGCACCUUCAUCUGUAGGCCUUCCAAAACUUAUCACUAUUAGUGCAACUGAAAUAAAUGUUUCAUGGUCUGCACCACUGAUUCAGAAUGGUGAAAUAACUAAAUAUACACUGUUAACGAAUGGUGAACAACGCUAUACUGGUAAAGGACUAUUCAGUCUGAUUUCUAGUUUACAGCCGUACACAGAGUAUCAGUUUAUCUUAAUUGUAUGUACAAAUGGAGGAUGUACCUCAAGCCCACCUGCAUCAGCAAGAACACAUGAAGCACCACCUACAAACAUGAGAGCACCAAGGCUAAAAGUAACUGGGUCAGAGUCGGUAGAGGUUACUUGGGAACAACCAACUUAUCCCAAUGGGGAGGUCAAAUCUUAUGAACUAAGGAGGGAUGGUGAUCUCAUAUAUGUUGGUUUGGAGACCCGUUAUCAUGACUUUACCUUAAUGCCAGGCAUUGAGUAUACCUACACAGUUACUGCAAACAAUAUUAAAGGAAGCAUCACUAGCCCCAUAGCUAGAGCAAGGACAAAUCCAUCUGCUCCAUCUGGUGUAUCACCUCCAAAAUUGCAACCAUCAAGUCUAAGUGAUAUCUUUGUGAUGUGGGACCCUCCUGCUCGAUCCAACGGAGAGCUUCUGCCCACUACACCUGUACUUCCGCCAGGAUCCUGGGGCCCCCCCGCUGGCCCCACCAUCCUCCCCCUCACCUUCCUUCUUCCAUCCUCCUAUUUUCGCCGCUCUAUCACCUUCUCUGGUACAUCCACCAAUUCAGGAUCAUCAUAA